UAGACAGGUCUAAAAGAGUAUACCCGUUACUAAAACGGCAGAGCUCAAAAAAAAACGAAAUAUAUUCCACCAGUUAUAUUAUUUAUAAUCAUUCUUUUAAUGGAUAAAGCACUGACUUUUAUGUCGUUUGCCGGAACUGAAAAUAUUUCAAAUUUUUCCGAAUUUCCUAAUCAAUAUGAUCAAAUUCCGGCUGCUGAUUUGGUCGAAUCUUUUGACUGGUCUUCUACUUCACUAGGUCCUAUGGAUGAAUGGGAAAAUACCCUCAAAUCCACUGUGAAAUUGUGUAUGCAUUCGGUUUUUCCGAUAGCGAUUUAUUAUGGCCCAGAUUUGGUUAACAUAUAUAACCAAAUGUGGAUACCAAUACUAAAAAUGAAACAUCCUCAAGCAUUGGGCCAGCCAUUUAAAGAAGUAUGGGCCGAAAUCUAUGAUGAUCUUGAACCAUUAUUUAAUGAAGUGUUAAGCACUGGAAAAGGAAAAUUUGAAUAUGAUAGAUUCUUCUUCUUGUUAAGAGAUGGUUAUCUUGAAGAAACAUAUUUUUCAUUCACGUUUAGUCCUAUUUUUAAAGAUGAUGGAUCAGUGGGUGGUAUUUUCAAUGCCAGUCAAGAAACUACACAAAGAGUUUUGUCAAAUAGAAGAGUUAAAACUCUUUCUGAAUUAGGCAAAAGAACUCCCGGAGCCAAAUCUCUUGAAAACGCAUGUCACUUAGUAACUCGAACUUUACAUGAAAAAAAUAAAGAUAUACCAUAUGCCCUCAUUUACCUUAUAGAAAAUUCUACCGUAAAAUCCACAUUACAACCACGAGAAGCUCAUUUAAUAGCUUCAACGUUUGAUGAAGAUUUAGAUUAUGUAAAAUGUGAAGAUGGAGUUGAUGAAAUAUCAUUUGUACCAAAUAAAUCAAGAAGAGUUUUACCCGAUUAUCUAUUAGAAACUAAAGAGAUAAUUGAUUUAAUGGUUGUUCCUGAUGAGAUUAAUGAAUUGAUAAAUGAUGAUUCAAAAUUUGAACUAUCAGCUAGAACCGGAGAAAAUUUUGUUGCAAGUAAAGAUUUCUUGACAAGUUGGCCUAUACAUUAUGUAGCAAUGACAGGUUCACAUAUCACCAUAACCUUGAAAAAUGGUUCAAGCGCCGUGUUAUAUCCAGUGACGACAUCAUCAGGCGGCAAAAGUGUUUUAACUGCUGUCAUUAUUCUUGGGAUCAACCCUCAUAGGGCUCUAGAUAAAGAGUAUAUGGAAUUCUUGCAGCUAAUAGUAGGUCAAGUAUGUAUAAGUUUAACACAUGGUAAAUCUAGAGAAGAAGAACGUAAACAAGCUGAAAUUUUAGCAGAUUUGAAUCGACAAAAGAUCAUGUUUUUCCAGAAUAUUUCACACGAGUUACGCACCCCUAUUACGCUUAUGUUAUCUCCACUUGAUGAAGUAAUUUCAGAGUGCUCAAAUGACUCACCUAUGCAUCCACAUUUAAAUAUGAUUCAACGAAAUACGAGACGGUUACUCAAAUUAGUUAAUACUUUACUACAGUUUUCCCGAAUUGAAGCUGGUAGAAUGGAAGCAAUUUACUAUGAAGUUAAUAUAGGACUUUUAACAUUAGAAUUAGCAUCUAAUUUUGAAAGUAUGGCUAAAUCACUUAACUUGGAAUAUCGAAUUGAGAUACCUGAGAAUUUUGAUAAAAUGUUGGAAAAAAAAGUUUUUGUCGAUUUAGACAUGUACGAAAAGAUCAUAUUUAAUUUGUGUUCAAAUGCAUUUAAACACACAUGGACCGGUAAUGUUACUGUAAAACUUUCUGUCAAAUGGGUAGAAAAUAAAGAAGUUAUUGUAUUGGAAGUUUCUGAUACAGGUGUGGGAAUUCCGAAGGAAGAAAUCCCAAAACUCUUCCAAAGAUUUUAUCGAAUAGAAUCACGCCAAUCUCGUAGUCACGAAGGAACUGGGAUAGGAUUGGCAUUAAUACAUGAACUUAUUACGCGUCAUGGAGGUGGCAUUAAAUGUGAUUCAGAAUUAGCAAAAGGUACAACAUUCACGAUUUGGAUUCCAACUGGGCACGAACACUUACCUCCGGGAAGGCUUCUCUUCCAAAAGGAUAUGAAAGAAGGAAAAGGAUACUUGGGUCAAGAAAAUAAACUCUUUGAUAAUAAACAAUUAUAUCUUGAAGAAGGUUUACAAUGGAUUCAAAAUAACGAACCGGAUUCUAAUGAAGAUGCAGAGAGUCCUAUUGAUAAAAUGAAUGUUGAUGAAGUUGAAGAAAUAGAUCAUAAAGGAUUUUUCACAGGAGAUUUAGAAAGAAGUUAUCCUAUUGAAGAUGAUCCUAUUCCAUUAAGUGGUACAAAACAUGUUGUAUUAUUGGCUGAUGAUAAUACUGACAUGAGAAAUUAUCUUUCCGGAUUGUUGAAGAAAGAAUUUAUUGUUCAUUGUGCGUGUGACGGACGCGAAGCUCUCAAAAAAUUGAAGAAAUUAAAAAAUCCUCCCGAUCUGAUUCUUAGCGAUAUUAUGAUGCCCAAUAUGAAUGGCUUUGAGUUAUUGAAAAGUAUUAGGAGUGAUAUUUCAACUCAAUUAAUCCCUGUAAUCCUUUUAUCCGCUAAGGCUGGCGAAGAGGCUAGCAUUGAAGGUUUGGAUAAAGGAGCUGACGAUUAUUUAACAAAACCAUUUAGUGCACGAGAACUUAUAGCCAGAGUUCGUGUAAACAUUAAACUUUCUUAUUUGCGUCGUCAACUUUUUCUGCAACAGCGUCAGCAGGCCGAAACAAAACAGCUCUUAUUUUCAAUUUCUAAUAAAAUCCAUUCAGGAUUUAAUUUGCAGAAAACACUCUCGACAGCUGCUGAGGAAAUACAUAGAACAUUAUCAGCUGAUAGAUUAUUUAUAACGGCCAAUGAUCAAUUUGAAAAUGGCGAUGGUAUAAUUGAAGCAUUUUCAGCUAAAGACAAAAGUGAAAAGAAUAUAAAAGGGCAAUGUUUUAAAUUUAAUUCAGAACAAAUUAGAUUGCACAGUGAUCCAGUAAUUGUGGAAAAAUUAAUUAAGGAAUUAGAAGAAAGAAGAUUAUUAGAUGAAGAAAAUGACAUUCAUAAUAUAAUUGAUAAUGCUAAUAAAGCUAUAGCUAUUAUGACAAAUGAACAGAAUCAAUUUUUUGAUAAAACUUUGAAAGAUCAAAAAGAUAUUACAAAUGAGAUUGGAAUUUCAACUUCAACAUCGUCUGAAUUAUCUAAAAAUUCUAAAAAUCAAUCCGAGUCAUCUAACCUAUCUGACAAAGAAGAUUUGGAUACUGCGGAAAUUGCAAAUUUUUAUUCAAUUAAUGUACAAAAAUAUGUAUCGUUAUUAGCUGUAGCAAUUAAAGUUAACCAAUCAACUUGGGGAUGGUUAAUAGUACAUAGACCACCAAAUAGUGUUUGGUUAGAUAGUGAAAAAGAAUUUUUACAACAGAUAUCAAAUCAAAUAAGUUUAGCUAUUACUCAUGCCAAAUUGUUGGAAGAUAAAUUGAGAAGGGAAGCACAAAUUGAAGCUGCUAGAGCUGCAAACGAAGCUAAGAGUCAAAUCUUGGCUAAUACCAGUCAUGAAUUAAGGACGCCAUUAGGAGCCAUCAUAGGUGUAUUAUCCGCAUUUGAAGAUACAGCAUUGACAGAUGAUCAAAAGGAUAUGAUUCAAAUAAUGACACGUGCAUCUGAUGUCGUUCUCGCUGUGGUUAAUGAUAUUCUUGACGCUGCAAAAUUGGAAGCACAAAAAAUAAAAUUAGUUAAUCGAACUUUCGACCUAUUCGAUUUGGUAGAAAAAACAAUCGAGAUAUUUGGUGAAAAGGCUGGUAAUAAACAAAUUGAGUUGAUUUUGGACUGCGAACCGAAUAGUUUACCUAAAGAUGUGAGAUCUGAUCCCGAAAGGCUCCAACAAAUAUUGAUGAAUCUGUUAUCUAAUUCGAUAAAGUUCACUGAAAACGGAAAAAUUGUACUUAAAAUUUCAAUGAUUCCAUACGAAGAAACUGAAAUGACAUCUGUAGUUCAAGGACAAGAAGCCGGAAAAAAAGCCAAAUUAUAUGUUGAACUAUGUGAUACUGGUAUUGGAAUCGAUCCAGCAUUUAUAAAAGAUAUUUUCAAAAGUUUUUCACAAGGUGAUGCGUCAAUGACACGAAGACAAGAUGGUACGGGACUCGGUUUGUCCAUAUGUAAACAUUUAGUAGACAUUAAUGGAGGAGAGAUAGACGUAGUUAGUGAACUCAAAAAAGGAAGUCGAUUCUGGUUCACAUGGAAUGUCGACAUUCCAGCAACUUCAAUUUCAUUGGAUUCGUUAAACGAUUCGUUAAACGAACAGACGGGUUUAGUAUUGCCAUCGGCUGAACAAUACAAAAGAGUUCUUAUUAUAGAUUCAGUUGAAGCUGCAAGAAAUUCUUUAGUGAAAUUGUUCAAAGAUAGUGUAGAUAAAGUUGAUGCCUUCAAUAGUUGCGAGGAAGGAGUUAAUGCAGUGAGUCAAAUGGUUGAAAAACAUAAUGAACCACCAUAUGAUGUAGUUUUCUUUAACGUAUAUAAAGAAAAUGCAGAGUUAGUUAAGAAUUCUGCAUUGCAAUUAAGAUCAAUCUGUGGACAGGAUCUAUCUAUAGCUUUAUUGGUAUUUUGGAGCGCUAACGGAAGAGCCUUAGGGAAAGAUCUUAUUUAUCAAAUAGGAGGGCAUACGGCUGCAUUAUGUAAGCCUAUUAUGCAUAAGAGAUUACUGGACUGUUUGCGUAAUAAUGAUAUAUUUAAACAAAGUGAUAUUACUUCCCCGUCAAAACACGAUAGAGGAGAAUAUAGUUAUGUCAAAUCUUUAGCCGAUAUUCGCGUGGAAAAGUAUUAUCAUCAAAAUAGGUCUCUGGAUACAAGUAUUACAAAUAGAAAUGAAAAUGAUUCAAUGAUCAUUGGAAAUAAUCAAGAAAAUGAUCAAUCUACUGACCCUAUGGUUAUUGAUGAAGAUAGUACUGUUAAAAAGGAGAUAAAAUCACAAGUUUCUGACACGACUUCAUCUAGUUCGACUCAAACCGGAGAAAAUAUGGUUAUUGGUGUUAAAAGAAAUGUGACUGAUAAUAAUCCACGUGCUCAGAAAUCUCGAUCAAGGAAAAUAACUAAAUCAAAAUGUAUCUUAUGUGUGGAAGAUAAUCCAAUAAAUUUACGAGUUAUUCAGCAUCAAUUAGCAAAACUUGGAUAUCCUACUUUAUCGGCCACAAAUGGGCAAGAGGCUGUUAAUGUAAUUGAAGCAGAAAUAGCAAAUAGUACUCCAAAUGAUGAAUCUCCAAGAAUUUCUUUAAUUUUAAUGGAUUGUGCUAUGCCGGAAAUGUCAGGUUUUGAUGCAUCUAAAGCUAUUAGAUUAUUUCAAUCUCCAUUGUCAAAGAUACCAAUAAUAGCAUUGACAGCUUCGGCAGUACAAGGGACUCGUGAUAGAUGCUUAGAAAGUGGGAUGAAUGAUUAUCUUACUAAGCCACUUAAGAUUGGUCAAUUGAAAGAGAUGCUAGAAAAGUGGCUUGGAGAAGAGUAAUAAUUAAAUCCCGCCAGUCAUUUAUCAUAUGGCUUCUAUGGAUUAUUUUAUUUACAAGAUGUAUAUUUUCUAAUAUACAGCCUAUGUAUUAUAUUUAUAAUUUAAUUAAGUUAAAUUUAUAGAAUUUGUAAAAUAUUUAACACUUGAUUUAUUUUCUCUUGGUUAUUAAUGGAGCGGAAGAGGUUCUUUAUCUUUUUUUACAUUGUAAAAUUUGUAAAUUUUUAAUAUUUAAUAUAUCCAUUUUUUUUCAAAAAAUCAACACAAAAAAAAAAAAAAAUUUACGCGAACUUUGGCUAAUAUUUAUUUUUUUUUGGCUAAAAUAACGCGUCUUAAUAAGGUAACGUUUAUGAGAGCUAAAAGGAAUUCCAUAAAAUCAACAUAAUAUAUAAUUUUUUUCCGAAUGUAAUGUUUUUACUUUUUUUUUAAAAAA